AUUAUGUCAUAUUACUAAAUGAUAAAGAUAAGACAAUAGUGUCACAGAAGAUAGAUAUACGAACCAUCUAAAAUGUUUUGUCUUGUUCUAUUCAUAAUAAAUGUUUACAUGGCAAGUGGAACUGCAGAUGCAGUAUCUCGUACUUUGAAAGCGCAAGUUUCAACACUAACACCUGUAACAACAACAUUGUCAUACAUAUCUGAUGAAAACAAGUAUUCUUCAGUCAAUGUGACUGGCACACCCUUACAAUACAUUGGUAUUGGAUACAACCUGCUAACAGGAAAUCCUGAGUUGAGUACCGAUCCUGGCUUCAAAACAGCACAAAGGAUAUUCCAGCUUACAGGUUAUUCUAGUUCGGUCAGGGAAGUAGAAUACAAGGAACUGGCCGCUUGUACUCCCAGCAAAGUGACAACAUUAAUUCAUGGAUCAAAAUCAUACCAGAAUGAGCUUUUGCAGUUUGUACAGCCAAGUUCGAAUCACUCCACAAGCCUUAAAACUUCAGCUUUAACAUACAGUCCAGCUUUCCAGUCGUUCAAACAAUCGCUUGAAACUAUUAACAAUGUUUACAUCGAUUACAUUAGCAGUUGCAAUUUUGAAAGUGCAAGGUACAUGACUGAACUGGCCGACAAGAACAAUUUUACUGUGACUAAGGAGUUUGCCAAGGAUGUCUGCGCACUUCCAGCGGAUGGCAUUUCUACCACAGAAUACGCGAAAUUUCUUGACAAGUGGGGAACGAGUAUUGUUAUCUACGUUAACAUGGGAGUGAGAACUAUAGACCGUUACAAAACAACGCCUGAUCAGAUUCUUCAAUACUCGCAACAAAUGGCACCAGAGAUUCUGAAGCAUACGGGUACAUACCAGGGGUACAAAUCAUCUAUAAGCAUAAACCCCAAGGACUUUGUAAACAGCUCUGCAGCAAGCAACCCAUUCGGAACACGACAUACAAUAUCGUUAGGAACAAAACAGCAGUCAAUUCCGAUUGCACUUCAAGUUGUUCCGAUAUCGGAUGCAUUGAACUGGAUUUACUGGGAGCCGAUUUCAGAUGAGUUGAUCAAGGCAGGAAUAUGUUCUGACAGUAUAUACGGGACGAGGAUGAAACAGUACGCAAUGUUUAUAAAGACGGCGCUUAGUGAGUAUGUGGGACACACAAUUUCGCAGACAGGCAUUCCUCAUAACCAACUGACAGACCACAAUAUACAAGUUCCCAUAUCGUGGCCUGUGGGUACCUAUGGCCUGAUGCAAACUACACAUGGAUGUCCAGGCGGAAAGACAAUAUGGUUGUCUGGGUGGAGGAAAUACGACACUGAAGAUUUAGGCUCAGAUAAUUCCUUCUCAGCGAACAUAAAUCAUUUUCUCAAAGGGGAUUUUGACGAAAACGACAUUAAGACUUACUUCUGUAUAAAGAGCAGUGCGAUGACACACCUACACAGUCAAACAUGGCAAAAUGGUGCAUACUGUUUGCUGAAACAUGGAUCAUGCCCACUUGGAUUUACCAGCGGAUAUAUAUUCUGGGACGAUGAGGACCUACACAAUGACAACGCUAAAUGGGGAACACUUCCAGAUGGUACCUACGACAAGAACACAAAAAUGUAUUACUGCUGCAGAAAUGACGGAUCACCACAAAUUCCUCUAUUAUUACCCACCGAACGACCCUUUGCACUAGUGCGAUAUGGAAGUAAAUGCCAGUCUGUACACGGGAUGAACGUGCGUGAUGUAUAUGCACACUGGGAUGACGAGGACCUAAAUAACAAAGAUAGCGCAGGGGGCAUGCAUCCACUGGACGAAGGCGGCUCAAAGAACCAUCAGCUGCAUUUCUGUUAUUAUUUUUCUUCCAGUAGUCCGUCUGUGAUAGGCUAACAUGUCGGUGAUUGAAUCUGUUAUACAUUUGAAAUAAUCAAAAUCCUAGUAAAAUGUUGUCAUUGUUUCACUGAAAUACUCAUUCUAGCUCAUAAAUUCGUAGAACAGUUUCACUGAAAUGAAAAGUUUAAGCAGCCAAAAAUAAUUUUAGCUAUGCUCUAGAUAUGUUUACAGCAAUUUUUGAUGCCACGCUCAAUAUAUUACAAUGUCUGGAUAAAAGCUUGAAAUGUCUGCCAACAUUAUUCUAAAAUUUACUGGCAAAAAAUGAAAAUGUUGCACGAGCACAAUAAACUUUUGCGGAAUAAAUACGAUUAACAUAUACGGGAAAGAUAUUUGCAAUGCAUAGUUUAUACUGCCAAAUUGAAAAAAGGUCAAAACAGCGACUAAAGACAUUACACAUUGUAUGAGAAAACGUCUUGUUCGAAAUUUCCAAAAACAUUACCUAAUAUAGCAAAGGUUCGUGGUAUGAGGUCUGUCAGCUCUGUAAUACUGACUAUAUAUAGACAUCAGACAUAAUUCAGUAUUACGAAACUCUGUGGAAUAUGGCGUAUUUC